GUCCUCUCAGUCUUCCUUGUGCUCUCACCUGUUGGCCAAUGAAGUUCUCAACCACGGUCAUUCCCAUUGCUAUAUUCGCUUCCACUAUCAUAACAACCCUUGCUGUUUCUGUUCGUACCAAGCUGAAGGGUCCAGUAAAGCCCGACUCGUACAUUGUUGUGCUGAAAUCCGGUGAAGAUAUGGAACGUCAUAUCAACAGUAUCACUCGGAUAUCCGCCCGAAGCCCUGGGUCAGAAUUUUCAAUCAAUCAUCGGUAUCAAGCCCUGAAUGGCUACUCCGCACACGCAACUGGAGCAUCCCUUACUCACAUUUUCAGUUGCCCCGAAGUUGACUACGUCGAAGCUGACGGCAUAACCUCCAUUCACGAUGCCCCCCACGAAGUGAAUGAGGGGCGUGCGACAGGGUGCAACGAUGUCCCAGCCGAAAUAAGGGAUGACCCAGGUGAACUCGGAGGACGCGCCUAUGAACGUGGGAAGCGAGCGGGCCUGACAAUGGUGCCGGUGAGGAUUUAUAUGGCAAGUACCGGUAUCAACCCUUUGCACAUCUGCUUUGGUGACCGUGUACUUGAGGGUGAGGUCUUCGGUGAUUACCCCUCAGGCUUGCUAGAUCUCAACGGUCAUGGCACAAUGGUGGCCGGGGUAGCAGUGGGGGUGCCAUAUGGCGUGGCGACCGAGGCCCACAUUAUUCCGCUCAAGGUUGUCUCCGAUGCAGGCGUGGGAUCGAUAUCCGCCUUAAUGGCAGGCCUCCAAUGGGCUGUCAAACAAUUCCGAUACAUUCCUUGCCAAUCCAUCCUAGUGAUAGACCCAACCUUCGAGUACAAUGAGGCCCUUAACGCUGCCGUCGAAGAUGCCAUCAGUAAGGGUUUGCACGUUGUAGCCCCUGCAGGGAUGGAAUCAACGAACGCAGCAUACUUUAGUCCUGGUUCUGUUCCAAGCGCUUACACCAUUGGCGCUAUUGAGGAGUGUUCGAAGAUAAUUGCAUAUUUCUCCAACGUUGGACCUGCCGUCGAUGCUCUUGCCCCGGGCGUUGAAAUGAAAGUUCCGUCGAUCGCUGGUCCGCGCGAAUGGACGACCAAGAGUAGCACUAGCAUGUCAGCUGCAUUCGUUGCGGGUGGGUUGGCCAAUAGGUUAAGGCGCGAGGAUGACCUGGUGCCUCCUGCCUGGCUAAAAGAGGCCUUCAUGAAACAUGGUACUAUCGGAGACGUUGUGGGCAGUCCACCCGGAACCACGAAAUUGAGGGCACAAAAAUAUUGGUGACUUCUGAAAUAGAACCGUGCUGCAUGACCUGCUUCACAAUCUUUCCCCUGUGCUUUGCCCGCUUCUUGUGCUUAGUCAUUUGUGUGGUUGC